CACAUAUACAUAUACUCUAUACUGGCCUCCCUACCUAAAACUGCUCAAAAUCCGCCACUGGAGUAUCAAUCUUUUUCGACUACAUAUAUAUUUACAAACACCACACAAAUUUGUAAGAGAAUUGUUGAUUUAUCAUUCUACACAAACUAAAAGGUAAACAAUAAUGGGAACAAGUUGGUCUAAUGAAGAAGAGAAAGGCUCCUCCUCACAACAACAGCAAGCUCAUCAUCAACCUGUGUAUCAUUCUGACUCUGAGGCACUUGUAGCAAGAACUAGCCAAAAUCCUGGUUUGCAUACACCACUUAUUAGUAAGAAUAAUAGUCAUCAUCAUCAUGUUAAUGAACCUAAUAAUAAGGAAUUAGCCAAAAGGGUUCAACUUAAGCUUCCACAUAACUUUGAAGCCAUCAUCAAGGAUAUUAAUUCCGAUUCGCCCGUCGAUAGAUCUUCUUCGGAGAAGCUCUAUGAGCAAUUACAUGUUGGGGUUUUCUUGAAUGGAAGAAUGAAGAAAUAUUGGGUAGAUAAGAAGGGAAACAACUGCUUUAUGGUCUUUGCCGAUGGUCUCAAGAUAACUUGGGCUGAAAACCCAACUCAUUGGUACUUGCAUACCACGCAAACAAGUGAUCAUGGGAAUAUCACUAUAGCCCAACUAAGAAACGUUGCAUGGCUUGAAGUGCAUGGAAGACUUCACACAACACACCUUACACCAGGAGUUACAUACCAAGUUGCAUUCCUCAUCAUGCUAGAAUACGCAUCCUACGGUUGGGAUGUGCCCGUGAACUUCAGGCUUACCCUUCCUAAUGGUAACAAGCAAGAACACAAAGAGAAUUUCAACGAAAAGCCGAAAGGCGAAUGGCUUCGGAUUCCGGCCGGAGAAUUCAAGGUAUCGUCGCCGGAAAACGUAGGAGAAAUCGAGUUUUCUUUGUACGAGUAUGAUGGUGGGAGCUGGAAGAAAGGGCUAAUUGUUAAAAGUGCCAUCAUUGAGCCAAAGUAUUAAUCUAUACUAAUAUUUUAAAAUACAAAAAUUUAUAUGCCACUUAUCAUAAAACCUCAUUAUUAUACUCUAAUAAUACUGAUUGCGUGAUAAUGAUAGAAUAAAUCAGGGGCGGAAUUAUGGGGGCUGGUAAGAGCUACAGUCUCCCCCAUGAAUAUGUUUAAAAGUUCCGUUAUAUAUAAACCAUGUGCUUAAUAUAAACAAGUGGUAAAUCUUGCCUCACUCACUUUA